GUAGUGUCAAAGAUAAUUGUAGCUGAAAGUUUGAUAGAAGAGAUGGAUAGAAAUAUUAAUAAAAAAGUUAUCUAUAUUUUUUCAAUGUUAAAUAUUGUGACACAAAUUUCUGGAGUACAAAUUUAUCAAGCUCCCAGUCGGGUUGUUGCUAAACUUGGUGAAACGUUGAAUAUACGAUACGGUCUCAGCAAAAUUAAUGGAAUUCAAUUAGAAAGGCUUUACAGUGAUGUUAAUCAGUUAAUUUAUAAAACUCCUAAUUUUACUGAUUACUACAAAAAUAGAUGGCAGGUGACACCUAGCGGAGAAAGUUCAACUUAUCUAUUCACAGUUAACAAUGUAAAAAAAAUUGAUGGUUUUAUAAUAAAUGCAACAGUUACUGAUGACAAUAGUGCUGAUUCUAAGACAACUGCAAUAGCCUUAUAUGAUUCUGAUCUAAGAAUUGUAAAAUAUCCUUUAACUGUUCAAGUUGAAGAUGAAAAAUUUGAUUUUAUCUGUGAAUUUAAUUUAUGGGGUUCAUCGAGUAUCAAUUUUGAAGUUAUGAUGAAAGAUAGACAGAUAAGCUCAUUUUCAACAAUAACCUAUACUGAUGGAUUAAUUACGUUAAAUAGUUCUAUUAUUGCAACAUGGGAUAUGAAUAAUGAAGCUUUCUAUUGUCAAUUAAAGUUAUAUAAAGAUGGAAAUGAUAAUUUUCUUUUAUUUAAAAGUAAAAAUCCUGUGAAAAUUAAAGUUGAAUACAAAGUUAGAGAUAUAAAUAUAGCAAAGGAUAUUAAGAAAGAUGAACUCAUUUGUUCAGCAAUAGGAAAUCCUAUUCCUAAAUAUGAAUGGAGAAUGGUAGCCAUUUUGGUUUUUCUUUUAUGUAAUCUGUGUUAAAAUUAUCACAAAUUUCUACAGAAAAAUGGUACAAUUGUUUCAACAGAUUCAAAACUGGUAAUUAAAGAUGAAUGGCAGGGUAAAAAUGAUUAUGAAUGUACAGCCUGGAAUAUUGUAAAAGAGAAAAGGAAUACAUUAACCAAAACAGUAUCAUAUUCAAAGUCAACUAGUGGUUCAUCAAAAACCAAUGAAAUUAAUUUAGUUAUUUUUUACUUAAUCAUUCUUCUAUCGGUCAUUUCUGUAUAAUUGCAUAAUUUGUUUUUCUAUUAAUAUUUGAAAUGUUGAGUAGUUUUUAAAUUGAAAAUUCAAAUAUUUAAAAACAAAUAACUUAAAGUUUCUUUUCCAUUUUGUAACCUGCAAAUGAAGAAAAAAAGGAAAAAGCAUGAGAAACUACUUAAUAUUUAAAAAUAUUAAUAAAAUAAUAUAAAAACCUUUUGCAUUGAUAAAAAUCUUUUGUGCGACUUGAAAUACGAUUGUAAAAAUGAAGUGGAUGAAGGUUUCGUUUGUAACCGAUAAUCCCGAUAAUCAAUGUUUAGACAAUGGCUUGAAAUUUAUCUGCAAUGGAUUAAAAGCAUCUGCAAAAUCUCUUUGGAGUAUUAAGUUUUCUAAAUGUGACUUGAUUUUCCCUUAAUUAGGGAAAUUGACAUAAGUUUAGUUAGUACAUUCAGUUGGGGAUUUGAUAAAAUAUGUAAGGAAUUAAAAUCGUCAUCUGGAUCCCUAUUGAAUAUUAAUUUACAAGGAUGGUCUUUACUUCCAAAACAAAGCCACUGGUUAUCUGAUCUAUUAAAAAAAUGCAGUAAUCAGUAAAAUGUUCAUCUAAGCUCCAACAGUGAACAAGGGGGUCGACAGAAAACGUCCACAAAUGAGAAAUUUCAAGACAAAAAUUUGGAUUGAGAAAUGGUUAGGCCAAAGAAAACAGCAACUGGUUUGUAGUUGAGAGGGUCCGUUCUGAGGGUUAGGGGUAAUGGAAAUGUUAGGUACAGCUAAGGGCUGAGUUAGGGUUAGGGUAAAAGCACUGAUUUGUGGACGUUUUCUGUCGUAUCCGUGAACAAGAAGUAUUUUAGGAUAUUUGUAUAGGCUUAAAACAUUCAUCUAAUACUCUUUUGAAACUAGACUUUAGUUAUACCAAAUUAAAAAAACAACAAGGUUACUAGCUUGGUGAUCUGUUGAAAGAUUGUCAUAAUUUACAGGAUAUUAAUUUAGCCGAUAAUGACAAACUUGGAAAAGGCAUGGAAAGUAUAUGCAAAGGAUUAUAAAGCUGUUCAAAAUCCCUUUGUACAGUAGACUUUUCUCUCUGUAAUUUGUCUGAAGGGCAAAGCUAUUGGUUAGGUGAUUUAUUGAAGGAAAUAUUGAAACACCAAUAUGAAUAUUCCAUAAAGUGAAUAACUAUAAUCCACUUAGCAGAGGCUAGAAAUUCUUCUUCAAUUUUUAUGUGAAGGUUUGAACAAUGAAUAUUGAAAAAAGUAUGACAUAUAAGCAGAUUUGUUCAACUUUACAUAUUGACAUCACCCAG